CACCAGGGUUGGUGUCACAUGUGCCCCACUGGGCACUAAAACAGAAUCUGAAAGCAGUGGCCCUAUGGCUGGUGCUUCUCCUUUUUGCAGCUUUAUUUCUGCAGGGGUUCUGAAAUAAUUUCCUAGUUAUUAUGCAUUCAUAUUUUUCCCUUGACACCCUGUACACGCCCAGCAGCCAGGGAAUAAAAGUGGCAGUGCAGCAGGGGCUGAGCAUUGUGCAGAGCAGAGCCUUUAAGCCAGCUAGCUCCAGCCCUGCUCCCUGUGCCCAUGUCCCACAGCACCAUGAAGGGAUCUGCAGCUGCCCUGGCUGCUCUUCUCAUCCUGGCCCUCUGCUCCUCGACUGUGGACUCCUUUCCUAUUGGCAGUAGUGAUGACUUCCCCUUAAGCUGCUGCUACAGUUAUGUGUCACGUCCCAUUCCUUACAAGCUCAUUGCCUCUGUCUAUGCCACCAGCAGCACCUGCUCCCUGCCAGCAGUGAUUGUGGUCACCAAGAAGAAAAGGAAGAUAUGCACAGACCCAAAGCAAUUCUGGGUGCAGGCACUCCUGGAGCUAUCCAGAACAGAAAAGUUGCUCCCCCAUGCUGUGAAGGAAGUGAAAACACAGAGAUGAUGCACAAAACAUCAAAUACUUGUUAAGGAAUCAGGAGCUCUGACGCCUAAAUAAAUCCCCUUGCAUUAGUAAAUUAGGGAUGAUGUGGUUUAUUUGCUAAUACCAUCUUCAGUCCAUAUAUUUCAAUGACCUGUGAGUUGAUGUGUCUCCAACUCCCUGUUGGAGCUCAUUGGCACCCAUCAAAGCCCCGUGGGCAGAUGUGGGCAUCCCAAACCCGCCUCUCAGGGCCCCCAGCACCCCGAGGGCACUCACAGCCCCGCAGCCACUGCGCCUUGCCAGCCUCUGAACAACGGCCUUGCUGGUUGAAGCACCACAGCGGAGUUUGCUGAUGUGCCGGAGCACUGCAGGGCGCGACACCACCACCGCCACGACUCUCCUGCCUGCGCUUCCCUGCUGAGCUGCUGCUUCCUCUGCAAGAGCGAGCGAUGGGAGCCCAGCCAAGGUGUCAGCACCGUGGAAGAUGCCACUGCAGGGAGCUGAGACCAAGGGUUUCGAUAGUCCAAGUCAUUUCUCUUGGCAUCGAAACUCCUAACUCCUAACUGUGACUGCUCAUCUGAUUGUGACUGCUGCCCAGAGAGGCUGUGGAUCACCCAUCCCUGGAGGCCUUCAAAACCAGCUUGGAUGGAGCCCUGGGCAACCUGGACUGGACUGGACCUGGAGGAUGGUGGCCCUGCCUGACACAGGAGGGUUGGAACUUGAUGAUCCUUGGUGUCCCCGCCAACCCAAGCCAUCCUAUGAUUCUACCAUUCUGUGUGUCAA